AUGUCAAAAGAUUUAUCAGUGCCACCUGAAACCCCUAAAGAAGAUGGCAGGCCCAAGUGGGACAAUAAGUUCCAGUAUAUUUUAAGCUGUAUUGGAUUUGCCGUUGGUCUGGGGAACGUGUGGAGAUUUCCAUACUUGUGUCAGAUACAUGGAGGCGGUUUUAUCCCAUACUUCAUCGCUCUUCUCUUCGAAGGAAUCCCACUGUUGCAUCUCGAACUGGCCCUAGGACAGUGCCUGAGGAAAGGCAGCAUCGGUGCCUGGAACACCAUCUCUCCUUACCUUGGAGGAAUUGGGAUUGGUUCGUGGAUGGUGUCGCUUCUGAUAAGCUUAUACUACAACACGAUUUUAACCUGGGUGAUGUGGUAUUUCAUAAACUCAUUCCAGGAACCUCUUCCUUGGAGUGUUUGUCCACUAAAUGAAAACAGAACAGGGCUCAAUGAAGAAUGUUAUGAAAGUACUGCAGUAAAUUAUUUUUGGUACAGGAAAACUUUGAACAUAACACCCGAUGUCACUGAGAGUGGCACGUUACAGUGGUGGCUCAUUUUGUGCUUAGCAGCUUGCUGGGCAAUUGUCUAUCUCUGCACCAUCCGAGGAAUUGAAACCACAGGAAAGGCAAUUUAUGUAACAGCAAUAUUUCCUUACCUGGUCCUAACUAUAUUCCUUAUUCAUGGUCUCACUCUACCAGGAGCCACUGACGGUCUGGCUUACCUCUUCACCCCUAAUCUGAACACUUUGAAAAAUCCCCGUGUAUGGCUUGAUGCAGCUACCCAGAUUUUCUUCUCUCUCUCUUUGGCUUUUGGAGGGCUUAUUGCAUUCUCAAGCUACAACCCACCAAAAAAUGACUGUGAAAAGGAUGCUGUGACAGUAGCAGUUGUGAACAGUGUGACAUCUCUCUACGCUUCCAUCCCGGUCUUUUCUGUUUUGGGGUUUAAAGCAACCACAGGCUACUGGGACUGCUUGGACAGGAAUAUUAUCAGUAUCAUCAAUGAAUUUGAUCUUCCAGAAGAAAUCAUUCUGCGACAGAACUAUACAGCCUGGAUUAGUUUCCUAAAUUCAUCAUAUCCAGAAAAAAUUGCUGGACUCAAACUGAAAAGCUGUGACCUUCAAGAAUUUCUUGAUCAGAGUGUAUCGGGAACUGGCUUGGCUUUCAUCAUUUUCACUCAAUCCAUCAUUCUAAUGCCAGGCUCCCAGGCCUGGGCCAUCCUGUUUUUCAUAAUGUUGUUCAGUUUGGGCCUUUCUUCUAUGUUUGGGAUGAUUGAGGGAGUCUUCACUCCUCUUCUAGAGCUUCGAAUUAUAUCUAAAUCAAUACCCAAAGAACUAUUAUCUGGUAUAAUAUGUCUAAUGUGCUUCCUCAUAGCUCUGUGUUUUACACUGGGUUCAGGGAGUUACUGGAUUGACAUUUUUGACAGCUAUUCAGGCUCGUUGGCUCUUCUAGUCAUCGCCUUCUUUGAAGUGAUUGGGGUUGCAUAUGUCUAUAAAGUUAAAAGGUUCAGUAAAGACGUGAAAUGGAUGACUGGAAGAAAACCCAAUCUCUACUGGCAGAUUACAUGGAGAUUUAUUAGCCCUCUGCUCCUGCUAAUUGUCCUCGUGGCCUUCGUUACUCUUCAGAUACAGAAGGCACCAAGCUAUGCAGCCUGGAACCCUAAAUAU